CAGCUCCUCAUUUUAUCAUUAGUGAUUUCAAUUAUACAUUUAGUUUUUUUUUUUUGAAAAAACACGCCAGAGCGUCUUGUUCUCGUUUCUGUUGAGUACUACACUAUGGGAAGAAAGUUCAAAGUAUCGGAUUAUGAUCCUUAUAAUCCAUAUUCUUUGAGAGAAGACCAAGGAUUGGACACCCAUUUAGCCGUGGAACACUACUUUAAGCUCGCAAUGCCUAUCUACUAUGUCAAUUGUGAUGACUGGAGAGGAUGGCGUUCCAGGGCUCUCAUUAUCAUCUACAAAUACUCAAAGUGUGAAAAUUUUGAUCCUUGCGUGCCCUAUCUUGCCCUGAUUUACUAUGAUCAUAUUAUCACGGUCCUCCCUCCUGUACUGCUGUUAAGGAACAAGAAUUUCACCUUCAGUAAACUUAAAGAAGAACAUUCAGAUAUUGUGGUUGUCUCGAGAAAGGUGUUCCAAAGCAUGGAGCUUCACAUUCUCAGAUAUCUCGAUUGGGGUAUCCGCAUUGUGAACCCCUUGUGCUUCCUGCAGUACUGGGAACCCAAAUUGAGCCCCACAUUCUGUGUUCAUCGAAAACUUUUGAGCAAGAUCAUUAUACAAUCAUACAGUGACUUAAUGGCCCCAGCUUGUAGUCCUUCACAUGUAGCAGCUUCAGCUUUUAUUGCAGCUUCAGCAUAUUUUUGUCAUCAGCGACAUUUGAGUUUGAGAAAGCGACUAACCAAAGAGGGUAUUAUAACGCAGGUCUUUGAUGAGGCCUUCAUAUACCGUAUGAUUAUUCUAUGCCAAGAAUUGAAAUUGUUUCCCAAAAGCACUGAUUCUAUGGUAUUGAUGGCGCAAGAAGAGGCUGCUGAAAAUUCUAAAGAAGCUUUGAUUGAGGAAAUCAUGGAACAAUUAUCCAUUGCAGAGAAUGACAUUGGUGAUGAUAAGGAAUUGAACUUCCAGCUUAGGUGGACACUUGGAGUUCUGUAUGAGCAGCAGUUUGUCAUCUUCAGAACUGAACCUAAAUUUCACAAGCUAGACCCGGCUUUUCCAUCUGGUUAUUUUUAAGCUUUUCCCUUCUGUUUUUUUGGUUGUGGCAUCUGAAUCGAAUACCAAUAAUUUUGCUGUGUAUUGCAUAAUUUUUUUUGGUGGAUAUGUCAAGAGUUGAUGUGAUGACUUAAUCUAAUUGCAAUAAGAUCAUUACAUUAGAAAGCA